CAUUUGACUAUCUAUUCUUUUCAGCUCCUUAAUAAAAUACACAUAACACAUUACAAUUGAAACGGUAUGGUGAAAAUGGAAUCCACAGAAGAACAGGAUCGAAAGUUAGUACUGGAGUUUUGUCAUUUGCUCGAAAAAUCAAAGCAACUGUUCAAUGGCCUCAGAGACCUGCCACAAUAUGGACAUAGACAGUGGCAGGCGUAUUUCGGGCGUACAUUUGACGUGUAUACGAAAUUAUGGAAAUUCCAACAACAGCAUCGCAUGGUAUUGGACUCGAAGUACGGACUGAAGCGUUGGCAAAUUGGCGAAAUUGCAAGCAAAAUUGGACAGCUUUAUUAUCAUUACUAG